UGCCGCCGCCUCAGCCGCCUCAGCCGCCUCAGCCGCCGCCUCAGCUGCCGGAACCGAAGUCGCCGCCGCCGCCGCCCCCCCCGGUCGCCGGCUGCCCGCGUGCUGACCCGGCCGGGGUGCGCGGCCAUGGAGGACUUCAUCGUGAUCUCGGACGACAGCGGCUCCGAGAGCCCCGGGGGGCCCCGCUCGGGCAGGGCGCGGAGGCUCCGCCGGGCCCUGGCCCGGACCCCCGGCGCGCUGCCCCGCCGGACCGUGGACUUCAUCGACCUAACGCGAGAGGCCAGACCCAGGCCAAAGGACCGCAACGGACUCUGUGUCAUCGACCUGACCAGGACUGAGGACGAACCCGGGCCCAUUGCCACGCUCGACCUGACAGGAGAGGCUGUCACAUCAUCCCCCAAGGAGCCAGCCAGCCAGCAGCCCUGCCCCGGCCUCGCCGACAAGGAAGGGACCGCAGAGGGGCGGGCGGACAGGAGCUCGCGGCCUGCGGCUCGGAGAAUCAUUAACAGCGAGCCGGUGGACUUGGACCUUUUGGAAGAAGCCACAUCGGAAGGUCCCCCAGGCCGGCCAGCCAUGGGUGGGCAUGCGGUGCAUCCCACGGAGGCUAACUGCAGCGCCUCCGCCUCCCAAGGCGACCUCGGCCGUGUGCCCCACUUCACGCUCGCGCCCAGCGUCCUGCCCCUCUCCCCCACGAGCAAUACCGGGCACGGCAGUCAUCAGCGGGCACCCUUGCCAUACCCACUGCAAGAUGUGCCUUGCCCCCCGCCAGCCCUGCCGUGCCCACUGCACGCUGUGGCAUGCCCGCGGCAGAACCUCUGCCCACCGCGCGCCUCCUCCUGCCCGCCGCGGGCCUUAUCCUGCCCCUCCCAAACCGUGCAGUGCCCACUCCAGGCCGCACCUCACCGGCCUCUCGAAGUGCCAUGCCCCUUUCAAGACAUGCCAUGUCUUCGGAAGGUGCCGGCCCCUUAUCCCGGGCCACCCAGUGGGCCGACCCGACCCGGCCCCCUUCCAGACACCUCCUGGUACCCACCACGCUCUGCCAGCCCACCUCAGGACCCUGUCUGUCCCCGUCAGAACUCUUUGGUCCUCCCUCCAGAGAUGGCAAGCCCCCCGCACACCUUAGCCCAUCCCCCCGACAGGCCCCCGCAGCCAGAUGCGCCUUUCUCUCUGGGCGACAUACCACCGUCCCCAGGACGAGCAUCCUAUUCACUCAGAGACAGUUCCCUGUCACCAGCAGCCAUGCCACCCUCGCCAAGAGAUUCCCCACUGUCACCGGGGAGUGUGCCCCUGUCGCCGCGGGGCAUGCCCUACUCUCCAGGAGACACGCCCCCGACCCCUGGAGAGGUGCCACCGACACCCGGAGACACGCCAUCCUCACUGGGAGCCUCACCUCCUUUUCCCGCAGCCUCGUUCGACUCUCCCGCCAGCGACCUCCAGCACCUGGACAUGCCGAUGGACGUUGCCACCCCCUCGCCCUUCAGCUGCCCUUCCAGCUCCACCACGUCACCCCUGUCAGACAUAUCCCUAGAAAAGGUGCCCUGGCUGUCGGUGCCGGAAACACCCAUCCGCAAAGACAGGUCCUGGUCAGAGCCGGGGACCCCUGUGUCCGCCCAGGUUCCGGCGCCAGUACCCCAGGGAGGCUUAUACAACCGGCCGUGCCUGCACAGACUCAAAUACUUUCUGCGCCCCCCCGUGCACCAUCUCUUCUUCCAGACGCUUAUCCCGGACAAUGACAACAGAGAGAGCAAAGGUCACAAACUAGAACCCAUCCCUCAUCGCAGGCUCCGCAUGGUCGCCAACACCAUCGAGGAGAACUUCCCCCUGGGAACCGUGCAGUUUCUGAUGGACUUCGUGUCACCCCAGCACUACCCACCCCGGGAGAUCGUGGCACACAUCAUCCAGAAAAUCUUGCUCAGCGGCUCCGAGACCUUGGACGUGCUGAAGGAGGCCUACAUGCUGCUCAUGAAGAUUCAACAACUCCAUCCAGCCAAUGCCAAGACCGUGGAGUGGGACUGGAAGCUGCUCGCCUACGUCAUGGAGGAAGAGGGCCAGACUCUUCCCGGCCGCGUGCUCUUCCUGCGCUACGUCGUGCAGACCCUGGAGGAUGACUUCCAGCAGACCCUGCGGCGCCAGCGGCAGCACCUGCAGCAGUCCAUCGCCAGCACAGUGCUCUCCUGCGACAAGCAACCCCAGAACAUUAGGGACGUCAUCAAGUGGCUGGUGAGAGCAGUCACGGAAGGUGGGUCGGAGGAGCAGAUCUCGGGCGGGAGCAGCACCCCCAAGGCCGGCGGCCACUCUCCUCCCCAGCCUCCCGUGGCCAAGCACACCAGCCAGCUGCUUGUGUGCCAGCUGCAGCGGAUGCUGUCCAUCGCGGUGGAGGUGGACCGGACGCCCACCUGCAGCUCCAACAAAAUCGCCGAGAUGAUGUUCGGCUUCGUGCUGGACAUUCCUGAGAGGCGCCAGAGGGAGAUGUUCUUCACCACCAUGGAGAGCCACCUUCUCCGCUGCAAAGUCUUAGAGAUCAUCUUCUUGCACAGCUGCGAGACGCCCACCCGCCUGCCGCUGUCUCUGGCCCAGGCGCUCUAUUUCCUCAACAACUCCACGUCACUGCUCAAGUGCCAGUCAGAUAAGACACAGUGGCAGACUUGGGACGAGCUAGUUGAGCAUCUCCAGUUUCUUCUCUCCAGUUACCAGCAUGUGUUAAGAGAGCACCUGCGGAGCUCCGUGAUCGACCGCAAGGACUUGAUUAUUAAGAGGGUGAAGCCCAAGCCGCAGCAAGGCGACGACAUCACCGUGCUGGAUGUGGAGAAGCAGAUCGGCGCGUUCCGCCGGCGCCUGGUCCAGAUCCUGGGCGAGCCCCUCGCGCCCCAGCUGCAGGACAAGGUCCACCUGCUGAAACUCCUGCUGUUCUACGCCGCCGACCUGAACCCGGACCCUGAGCCCGCAGCCCCCCGCACCCGUGGUGGCCUCCACACCACAGACGCCUCCUGAGUUCCUUCCAGCCCCACCGCCCCAAAGUUCGGAUGCUUUGGAAAAAAGCAGCUCUGAUGGGACCAAAGCGAGCGUACUCAUCUGCAGCUUCCUACAGUAAAGACCUUUUGUUCUCUUUUUCUUUUCUUUCUUUUUUUAUAAUCCUAUC